AUGUCUAGCGCCCCUGCGAGGCCCACUAGGGGGGAAGGAUUGGAAAGCAGAGGAUUGUUGACCGCUGAUGCCUUUAACUUCGGGGAUUCUCCUGUGUGGCCGGAGCAGAAACGCAGGCUGCUGGAGAAGAUGCUGAAGCUGGAGGAUGCUUUCUCUCGUGGCGAGUUUGAUGGGGGCUGCUCCAAGAGCACUCGCCAUAUCACCCAAGUGUCUGAGGACACCCCGUUCAGAGAGAGGUCGCGGCGACUGGGCCCAGCAGAUGUGCAAGUUGAGCAGCAGCACUUGGCAUCACCAGAAGGCGGUGCUGUCCUGCACCGGGAUCAGAGUGCAGACAAGACGACGACAAUCAACAACCGUCAGUCAGAAUCAGAAUGGCUACAGCACAAUCCCACUCCAAAUCCGGUCAGCAGGAGUCCCGGCUCCAUUGCAGACACCCAUUGCGAAUCCUUGUUCGAGCAUAAAUCACUCCAAACCUGCAAUUCAUCACUUACUGCAGGUGGGAAAUUAAAUCUGGUACAGAAAGCACUCAAGAAGUUUUUACCAGGCAACUCAUCGAGAAAAGAUGAUCGGGACACGGGAAGCAAGGUUCCAAAGCAGGGUCAGAUUGAGAGCAAUGUCCCAAUGGAAUGGGCCGCAGAGGAGGAGGAGCAAAUUCAGCCCAGAGACAGUGACGUCAGAGACACUGAGAAGGACCCUGGAACCGGCACAAGUGAGGCGACUGCCUGUCAACCCAGAGACAGUGACGUCAGAGACACUGAGCAGGGCCCUGGAACCGGCACAAGUGAGGCGACUGCCUGUCAGCCCAGAGACAGUGACGUCAGAGACACUGAGCAGGACCCUGGAACCGGAACCAGUGAGGCGACUGCCUGUCAGCCCAGAGACAGUGACGUCAGAGACACUGAGCAGGACCCUGGAACCGGCACAAGUGAGGCGACUGCCUGUCAGCUCGGAAACUCAUUAAACACGGAAUUGUCAAGUGCCCAACAGGGAAUGGAGCCAGAGUUUACAAUCUCCGACCUCCUGGCAGAGGGGGGCGAGUAUCGAUUGUACCAACUGACCAAGUUCUACAAGGACAGACUCAAACAUGCAAUUGAAGAAAAAGUUGAAAGACUCGGUUGGAUGUUGACAAAGGAGGGACAUUUCAGUCGAGAAGAAAAUGAGAAAGUCACUGAACUGACAGAGAAGGGAAACCGGACAGAGAGUUCCAGACUCUUCCUCAGUUUGGUGAUGGACAAAGGCUCCCGGGCCCGGAGGGCGAUGUGGGAAUCCUUUGUGAUGUGGAGGACUGAGUUACCGAAGUUGGACAGGAUACUGAGGGAGAUACAGGAGCUCGGUCCUGACCCAGAGGAAUACAUGAACAUUGCACAAGGGUUGUCUGAGUUACCCACUGAACUGACAGAUGUUCAACAGAAACACAAGGAGACUCUGCGGGCACAAACUGAAACACUGAGAGUGAACACGAUCCUGAUGAGGGAGAAGGUGAAGGUUUUCCAGCUGAUUGAUCGAUACGCUGAGCUCACGGUCAUUUCUACCUUUCGUAAUCGGAGACUGGUGGAACAUGAGCUGCUGGCAAGAGGCAGAGACCACGAGAAGUGGAGACAGAAACAUCUCCGCAGGGAGCUGGAAAAAAUCCGGACUGAUCAGUUGUUCCAGAGCAGCUUUUCCCGGAGUAAAUCCAAAUCUGGGAGUUCGGCAGCAGUGGCCGGAGUCCCAGGGAUCGGGAAAACCACAAUGGUACAAAAGAUUGUUUAUGACUGGGCCACGGGAAAAAUUUACCAACAGUUCCAGUUCGUCUUCAGUUUCAAGUUCCGAGAUUUAAACACAAUCAAUUGUACAAUAAACCUCUCGAACCUGGUGCUGUUUUUCUAUCCUUACCUCGGGAAUGUCCUGAAAUCACUGUGGAAGAUACCAGAGGGAAUGUUAUUUAUAUUUGAUGGCUUGGAUGAAUUCAACGACACAAUUGAUUUUGCUGACAGCCGGAAAAACAUAGACCCUCAGGACUCAUGCACAGAUCCUGAAUUCCGGUGCAAGGUGUCUGACAUUGUGUACAGUUUAAUCCAGGGCAAGCUGCUCCCAGGGUGUUCAGUGCUGGUGACCACCCGCCCCACUGUGUUACAUUUACUGGAAACGGCGAAGAUCGAUGUCUGGGCUGAAAUCCUGGGAUUUGUUGGUGAGGAACGGAAGGAAUAUUUCAUCAGGCAUUUUGAAGACCAGACGGUGGCAGCAGCUGUUUUCAAACACGUGCAGGAGAACGAGAUCCUGUACACCAUGAGCUACAACCCCUCCUAUUGCUGGAUCCUCGCUCUGGCACUGGGCCCCUUCUUCGCACAAAGAGUCAGGGACCCGCAGAGAGUUCCCAAGACCAUCACGCAAUUAUACUCCUACUAUAUUUACAACAUCCUGAAAAACCACGGCCGUGAGAUUGAGAACCCCCGUGAUGUGUUACUCAGUGUGGGUCAGAUGGCCUACAGAGGAGUGUCCGAGAAGAAGAUUGUGUUUGCAUACGGAGAUUUGAUCAAGUUCAAUCUGCAGCCUUCCCAGUUCCUGUCCGGGUUCCUGAUGGAGCUUUUGGAGAGAGAUGAUUCUGCCCAGAGCGUGGUGUACACAUUCCCACACCUCACCAUCCAAGAGUUUGUAGCUGCAGUCGCACAAUUCCUGACUGUACAUCCCGAGGAUAUCCUGAAAUUCCUCACUGAAGCCCACAAGACAAAAGAUGGGCGAUUUGAGGUAUUUCUCCGUUUUGUUGCUGGUCUCUCCAACCCAAUGACAGCUCGGGGCCUGGAGGAGUUUCUGGGUCCAUUUCCUCAUCAAACAACCUGCCGGGUGAUUGACUGGGUGAAGGAGGAGGUUAAACGCCAGAGUGGAAACACGAGUGACAUUGGUAGAAGGAGACUCCUGAACACAUUGCACUACCUGUUUGAGUCUCAGAAUCGUGGACUGGCUCAGGCCACACUGGGAUGUGUGGAAACACUUUCAUUCAGUGGAAUGACACUGACCCCGGUUGACUGCGCCGUCCUGUCUCAUGCCAUCGGACACUGUGAUACUAUAAAACACCUCGACCUGGAGUUCUGCAACAUUCAGUGUGAAGGAAUCCAGCGGCUGGGACCCGGGCUACACAAGUGCCAGGAGUUGAGACUUGGGUGGCAUGACCUGGGAGAUUCUGGAGUGAAACUGGUGUGUGCGGCUCUGAGGAACCCGGAGUGUAAAAUACAGAGACUGUGGCUGGGGGAAGUCGGUCUCACAGAUUCUGGGGCCGAAGAUCUCGUCUCCGCUCUCAGUACAAAACCAUCCCUGACGGAGCUGGACCUGAGUAAUAAUGAACUGGGAGAUUCAGGAGUGAAACUGGUGUCUGCGGCUCUGAGGAACCAGGAGUGUAAAAUACAGAGACUGUGGCUGUACGGGAAUCGGUUCAGUGAGACCGGGAAGAAGGAACUGAGAUCUCUACGGGGAUUCAGAGCCGGACUGGAAGUGUUUACAUGAACAUCUGAAUGUGUCAACAUGCCCGCCCGCCGGAUGGAGCCGAUUUCCCCCUCCCCUUUAACUCCCCCUCCCCUUUAACUCCCGCCCUUACCUUUAAUGGCCAGGCGCGGGGGCUGAUUGCCAACGGUUUUAACGGAACUGGCUCCGGUCUCGAGCUCGGUGAUAUCGGAAGCGCUCCCGCAGUGACGUAUUUCCACCCGUUGUCCGGCGGCGCAGCUUCCGCCGGAUGUGCGGGUUCGAGACUCUCUCGCCUGACACCCCGGGGAUUUACCCGGACAGGAGGAGCCCGGGGGGUCGGGGAUCAUUCUGGGACACCGGUGUCCCGGGAGAGAAACAUUUUGCUCCGUUUGCUGGGGACGGUGCAUUCGGCCGUCUGGCCGAUACAAUGAUGUUAAAGUGACAAAUCCCUCAGCAAUGGCCUUGGAUCCGCAGCGAUCCCGGUCACGGCCCUGGAGUGUGAUUGGAUGCAGAGUGACGGCGAGGAACAGGACUGAUUAAUCUACCGGUCACCCGUUGUCACCGGUCGGUUAAUUCUGUGUGACUUAGAGUGAGUCGGGAACAGUGUGGCGACCCAUUUUCUGCGCAGG